AUGCCACAGCCACUUCUCUACUCGACGCGUGCAUCCGCUCAUUGGUCUUGUGCCAAGCACUCAGACCACAUAAUGCCUGACCGUUCAGGUUACGAACCGCUGUCUGCCUCUGAUUCCAAUGCUCUUGACGAAGAUGGCGACACCUCACCCGACGCCCCACCUGCACGCGGCCGUCCCCGGCGAGCAAGGAUGGGCUCAGUCGACCUGUCUGGCCUCGACACUGCGUUCAAGCAAUGGACCGCCACUAUAGCCUCGAAGCUCAAGCUUCAGAACAAGAAGACCAAGAGUGGGCCAUCGAAGCGCCAGAUAUACCAGAGCGUCUUCGAGCCCACCGUCGCUGAUCCUGACACGGAGUCCGAGCAACCAGUCAAGACCUUGGAUCACAAGGAGCCCAUGACGCAAGCCGAGUUCAACGCAUUAGUGCAGAGCGUCAAGAGCGCGAUUGGAGAAGGGAUACAUCCGAAGAUGAUCGUUAAAGGGUCCUCCGGAUCUUACUUUGCUCGAGCCAAGAAUGCCGCCGACGGUCGUGUGCAUACUGUUGCGGUAUUCAAGCCUAAAGACGAAGAACCCUAUGGUCGCCUUAAUCCGAAGACGACCAAAUGGCUCCACAGGCAACUGAGAUGGAUCAUUCCCUUCGGACGUGCUUGUUUAAUUCCCAACCUGUCGUACAUCAGCCCCGCCUUCUUCUAUGAUUGGCUGGAUCGCAGUGCUGCCAAGAAGGGCAAACCGCUGCCAGACAAGAUUGGCAGCAUGCAAUUCUUUCUCACCGGGUACCAGGACGCUUCUGAAUUCUUGCGCAAACAUCCAUGGCCUGGUCGAUCAAUCGCCGACACAUUUGAUGACUCUACACAUCGAACGAGCAACCUGUCGAAGCGAUUUACUGGAGCGUUGUCCGUCGUGUGCGGAAAGACAGGGGACGCUGACGACGAUCUGUACGAUGAACCGGAUUACGAGGAGGAACGGUUGUUCGAUGUUUCCGAGGCGGGCGACUCUCGGCCGUUUUAUUGGAGUCAGGCGCUCCAGGCAGGGUUCCGGGAGGAACUCGAGAAGCUCGUCAUUCUCGACUACCUGAUGUUGAACACCGACCGAGGCGCAGACAAUUACAUGAUCAAAUACUGCGAGGCUGAGCACGAAAAGUCGUUGGUGGAUGUUGCCCCGUCUCGAGAUGCACGGCCCCAAAUGCCGACUAUGAGCCAGCUUCGCCAGGACGGAUCCCCACAAGUGCAUUUUUCGCCCUCAAACUCGUCGAUGGGACCUUCGGCUUCGGCGAGCAGUAUACCAGGCGCCCCGCUUGAUUAUACCCGACGGCCUCAUAUCCACAUCGCUGCUAUAGAUAACUCUCUGUCCUUUCCCCAUGAGCACCCUCAAGGGUGGAGAAACUACACUUAUGGCCCGCUGGCCGUUAUCGGCCGACCUUUCAGUGACAAGACUCGCAAGCAUUUCUUGCCACUUCUGACCUCAACAGAAUGGUGGGAGGAGACGACGUUCCAGCUGCUCAAAAUCUUCAGCGUGGACCCGGACUUCCAUCCGAAGAUGUUUGCUGUAGGAUGCUUCCCUUUACGUCAAUUGGCUGUUAUUAAAGGCCAAGCUUGGAAUAUUGUGCAGUGCCUUAGACACGACGACGAAGGUUGUUGCUAUGCCUUUGUCUGUGCUCAUGCAAUUAAUUUAUUGGGACCAGGCCCACUGGAGCUGACCCGGCGAAGUAAAGUUCUUGUUUGGGACGAUGAAAUAGAAAUCGACGACGACGAACGGACGGAAAUAAGACCGGCGCCCUCCUCGCCUAGACUUUCGAUCGCGAGCGUGCCUCUCCCCCGGCGAACGAGAAGCCGGAGUUCGGGAAGCGAGUUCCCUCCACCUAUGAUGCAUCGCAUGUCGUCGGAAGCGUCCGGCGUUCCUCGACCGGUGCCCUUCUCAGCCAGGUUCAAACGCGUCCACCCGGGAACACAAGGGAUCCUCGUGCUGGAGCACCUGGAGCGUUUGGACGCCGUCGAGGCCAGCUUGCGCGACCUCGGGGUCGACGAAUCCGAGGAAGUCGACGUCGGGGAAUCAUCGAGCACUCCAGUUGCCCAUCCUUCUCUCCCUGUCCCAACUUCGCCGUUCUCGCCGCCGUCAAGCCCGCCGCUUCCAACGGUACCCGAAACGGCGUCUUCGGACGAGGACGAAGAGGAAGAUGUUGCUAUGCUGUCCAAGUCAAUGACUGCCGCCGAGGGCCAUCAGCGCUGGGGAAGCCACAUGCCAGCCACACCGGAGUGGAUACAUCCGGGUGUAUCUGCCAAGCGCACAGUUGUGGUUGAGCGCCUCGAGACUGUAUCACGGAAACCGCUAUGCAGUUGUUGGUAGCAUGUAGAUAAUGAAUACACUAAUCGCCUUCCGACAGUAACCACUGCGCAAAACUGUCCAGCCGAGCUUUUUCUGCCUCAUCACUGUCGCCAAUAAUGUCAUCGC